GGACCGGCCAGCCAGCCUCGGCUCGGUCACGCUAAGACGGCCGGGUGGGGGCGAGGCGACGAGCUCUCUGUCUCUCUCGCUUGCUCGCCGUUCUCUGGCUUUUAAGGAAGAGAAGCUGGACGGUAAAAAAAGCUCUCGCUGGCUCUAUGUCGUGCCCUUGAAGACUUGGCUUCUUUUGUCGUCAUCGCUUCAUUAGAAGGAUUUUGUCUUCCUCUUCCCCUCGAGCGGGUGAUCUCGGAAGGGGGGCUGAGAGAGUGGUCGUAACUUUGUACAUGUUUGUCGGAUCAAAAUGAUGGCAAAUUUUGUUACAAGAGCCUUGGCGUUGGUUCUUGGCUAUGCUUAUCCGGCCUAUGAAUGCUUCAAAACUGUGGAGUUGAACAAGCCGGAGAUUGAGCAGCUGAGAUUCUGGUGUCAGUACUGGUACGUUCUUGUUACUUGUCGGAUGAAAGAUUUUAUCUUUCAAUUCUAUCUUGCUUCUAGUUACUUGUGGCUAAAAGAAAAGCUUUUGAUUCUUAUUCCAUUUUUUAGGAUUUUAGUUGCUGCACUGACCAUCUUUGAGAGGGUUGGAGAAUCUUUUAUUUCAUGGUUACCAAUGUACAGUGAGGCAAAGCUGGCAUUCUUUGUAUAUCUUUGGUACCCAAAAACGAAGGGAACUACAUAUGUCUAUGAAACUUUCUUUCGGCCAUAUGUUGCGAAGCAUGAGAAUGAAAUAGAUCGUAACUUGCUUGAGCUGAGAACAAGAGCUGGGGAUAUUGUUGUCCUUUAUUGGCAAAAGGCUGCAAGCUAUGGCCAGACAAGGUUUUUUGAAAUCUUGCAGUACGUUGCUUCACAGUCACCCUCGCAAUCAUCAAGAUCACGCCCUGUUCAGCCACGACAGCAGCCUCAGCAGAUCCGUAGAACGACAUCAACAGCAGCUGCUCGCCAACCAGCAGUCUCACAACAGCAUGAACAGCAAACUUGUGCACCACCCAGCCCUACUAAGAGCCAGUUGCAGGAACCGACAGAGGCAGGUGUCACUCCACCAGCCCCUCCAGUUGCCCAGCCGCCAACCUCAUCAGCAGUUGCCAGCUCACCCACUUCUGAAGCCACUGCUCUUCCCACUACUCCAACAGGUGAUGGAGAAGCAAUGCAGAUUGAAGUCACCGACGUUGCAUCCCAGGAAGACACAAAUCCUCCCCCACAAGAGACUCCUGUGGAGGAGGCAAUCCGCAUAACCCGUGGCAGGUUGAGAAAAAGAGCUGCUACUGCUGGUCCUUCAGUUCGUUAGCAGCAUCUCUUCCCUGCUGUCUAGGUAUUUCCUUCAGCUUUGCUUGUUUGUUGGUAGAUAGGGGAGAUUUGGGGUGAUUGAUUUGAGUGGGUUCUUUUGAAUUCAUCAACACAUGUAAAUAACCUAGAACAAGGUGGGAGAUGCGUGGUAUAUAGACAAGCAUCUGCUUAAUGAUUUUAGAGGAUGAAUGACGUCUGGUGGUGGUGUUGAUGAUAUCCAUGCAAUUAGCUCAUUGGUUUUGAAUGAACUGUAUUGGGAUAUGGCGGGCAGGGAGUAGAGAGGGGGAUGAAGCUGAUAUUUCAUGGAGGGUCCACCAAGUGGAAGAGGAUUCACUCUGUUUAUGAUGAGUGGAUACCAAAAAUGAAAUAAGAUUCCUUUAGAUGCUGGGGCAUAAUCACGAUUCCUUGCACAGCGGCUGUUGAGUGACUUUGCC